AUUUAGUUCCUCAUAUUUCGUAGACUAUCAGCGAAACCCCUCUUCUACUUGACGUGUGUGAGGUAUUUUUCUUGUGCUGCCCCCAAUCUCAAAACGCAAUUUUGACCCCAAACCGGUGAAUAUUCUGGGUACUUUUGUGUUCUGAUUUUUGAUCAUCAACCGUUCUCUGGAGUUCGAAUAAGUACGAAAUUCACACUGACCAACAAGCUUAAUCGAGUCGGUGUUUGUUGGUAUACGGUCAUGAUUCUAGGGUUCAACUUCAAUUUCGUAAAUUUUUGAAGAAAAAUAUCCUGCCUAUGUCGGAAGAUAUCAAGAAGAAAAUCCAUGACGAGGACGGUAGAGGUAAAGGUAAAGUUAAUUCAAGAACGACACAACAAAAUGGACCCUAUCAUCGCAGUAAAAAGGAAGAUGAAGAGAUUGGGCUUUGGGGAAUUCUUCUAUUUGGACUAAUCGGAGCUACUGCCACCACUCUCGCUGUUGGACAUAUGCGGCAGACAGUUGAUUGGUUUUAUUCUCAGAUUACCAGGUCACAGUCAUGGAAAGGUGCCACAGGUCGCACUUUCCGAUCGAGUUUUCAAGAGGAAUCUUGGAAAAGAUAUAAUCGUCGAAUGCAGGAGGAGUAUGAAGAAGAGAUGGAGAGAGUGGAACGUAUUAGGCGCAUGCAAAGUGUGUUCAAUCGGGAGAAAAAUAAAUAUAGAAAGGGUUAUGAGAGUUGGAGGGAAAAUAAUGCAAGUGGAUAUCAUCAACAAUUUCAAAGGGAUGAUUGGUAUUGGAAAACUGAUGCAUCGCAGGGAAGUAGGAGUAAUUUUAGGGAACCUCCUCGGUCCCCUGCAAAUUAUUCCUUGUCCCAUCAUUAUGCAGUCUUGGGUCUUAGCAGGUCAACAACGAAGCCUUACACAGAUGAUGAAAUUAAGACAGCAUUCAGGAGCAAGGCAAAGCAAUAUCACCCUGAUCAGAAUCAAGAAAACAAAGAGGUUGCUGAAGCGAGGUUCAAGGAGGUUAUGACAUCUUACGAAGCCAUAAAGUCCGAAAGAAAGAGGAUGAAAUAGAGAAUAUGCAGUGGAUUAUUGCUCUUUAAAUCUUCAGAUGGCAGUUUUGGAGGCUACCAUCUAUCGACAUAAACCCCAGAAGCAUUCAAGUCGGGAUUCGAGUAGUGUAAAAACAUAGACACCCCCAUAUUUCGGGGGAUCUUGCAGAGUUUUGAUCCUUGACAAUAUAUAUAGUUGCCAAAAGGAUUGUAUCAAAUGGUUGGUGAUUUACUAAAUAAUUACAUUAUAUAAACUUGUGAAAUUAGGAAAAUGUGAUGGCUGCCAAUGCCAUUGCCAUUGCCAUUGCCAUUGCUAAUUCCUCAAUCAGUUUGGAACUUCAACUUGUACUUAUUUUUAAUCUACUUCUAUAUGUUAUUCU